UAAAAAGAUUUCAACAACUGGAUGUUGUAGGCCAAACUAGUCCUCAAAUUGAUGAAAGCAAUCACGAAUCAAUUAACUCACAAAUGGUUCCAAGUGAUCCCAAUGACAAUAUUGAUAAUUCUUCUUUAAUUCAAGAGCAAAAGUUAUUAGAGGUCCCUAAUACCAAUACAAAUAAUUCAAAUAAUGAGCAAGAAGCAGAUUUGAUAGAUAUAAGUGAAAAUCCUUCCAUCACAAUGAGUUCGAAUGAAUCAG